CAAAACGCUCGUCUUACGCGGCGUAGACUCUUCACCAUGGGGCGCUCAUUGGCUGUUGCGCACCAAUCUUCAUCUCCUCCAUCACCACCACCACUUAAUAUUAUAAUACUGGGCGGUGGAAUAGCAGGAUUGACCACAGCGCUAUCUCUCACCAAAUUCGCACCAACUGGAGAUACACCACCUCGCAUUACCAUCUAUGAAGUACGACCAGAACCAGCCACCAUUGGUGGCGCCGUAAACCUCACACCAAACGCACUUCGUCUCCUCUCGCAUCUCGGCGCUCUUGAUGAGAUACGCAGCAGAAAUUACGGCAAAGAAUGUGACGCCGUCGAAGUCUUCGAUAUACAUUCAAACACCAAGCUCGCAGAAAGCAGUUUCCGUGGCCCAGAUGGCAAAGGUCUCGGAACCCCACCCUUCAAAGCCAUCCGCAUAACACGCGGCGAAAGCCUCAAAGGCGUUCUCGCCGUCAUCGAAAAACAUCCCAACAUCCAACUCAUCUGCGGCAAGAAAACAACCUCGAUCCACGAAGACGCAAACAGCGUAACCCUCACCUUCGAAUCCGGCGACACCGCCACCGCAGAUAUCCUCAUCGGCUGCGACGGCAUCCACUCCGUUACCCGCCUCAAACAUGUCGAGCCCUCCCGCAAAGGCACAUACUCUGGAAUCUGCAACGCCUUCGGCUUCGCGCCACGACGUAAAGACGCCACAACCGCCGACGGCUUCGAGCCGGUGCACUUCGAAACCAGCGCCAUGAACUUCAGCCGCCGCGGGAUGCUGCUCACCUCCUUCCACGACACAGCCAAAGAAUCCAUCUACGUAGGCGGGCUCAUGCAAGUCCCAGAAAUCGCGUCGCGCGACGGCUGGAAAGCCGCGGGCGCCGACGCCGAAAAGACCCGCAAAGACAUGCUCGACCGCUUCGCCGACGGCGCCUCGAACCCGCUCAUCAAACACCUCAUCGAAGACGCGCAGGACCUCUACCUCUGGCCCGUCUUCACGCUCAGCAACGGCGGCAAAUGGGCCACCGACCGCGUCAUGCUCAUCGGCGACUCGGCGCACGCCAUGCCCCCGCAGGGCGAGGCCACCGGCAUCGUCUUCGAAGACGGCGUCCUCUUCUCCCGCUGUCUCGCGCGCUGGAUGCUCAAACGCAGCGAGCUCCUCCAAUCUGGCGGUGCCGUCCCGCCCGUCAAAGAAGCCUUCGACGCGUACGAGAAGCUGCGCCGUGGACGCAUCGAAGUCGCGUUCGGAGAGAGCCAGAGCGUUGUUAAAACCGUCAACGAAACUGGCUGGCUUGGCCAUUGGAUCAAGACUUGCGUGGUUCCUUGGUAUCUGUGGUGGAGUCGCGGGUACAGAGAAAAGCAUUUCGUCGAGGAUGUCACGAGCUGCGAGAUUAAUUGUUAACUCUUUUCUUCCUUCCUCUUUUCAUAUCUGGAGGGGUGUUCUCAUCUCGCUGGUGGUGGAAUCUUUGUUGUUUUAGAUGGAGUCUACGCGUCGUUUUCUUGAGCUGGAUGCUUGCUUAUCUUAUUGCUGUCCCCCCUACCUUUUUUUUCUUCUUCUUCUGUACAUACCCUAUCCUCCCUAUCAUAAAAGAAGUAGUACAAUUUCAAAAACAUUAUCCUUCUCCCUCCCUUCUUGUCAGGUGUUAAAACAAUUUCGUUUACCUCAUCUAAUCUUAAAAAUAUAGAACGUAUCUCAAGUAGACAGCUAUUAGAAACAUAAUAGUCUAAUAUUAUAAAUAAUUAUAUUUCUCUUCUAGUUUUUUCUUCUAUAUUUCUCUCUCUCUUUGUAUUUUUUUCUCUUUUGCUUUUUACCGUUAACUUUAACGUAAAAGUUAAAAGGAAAGUAGAACUGUUAUUUUUAUACUUUUCUCUUCCUCUAUCUAUCUUCUUUCCUUUCUCCCCUUCUAGCAGCGUUAUCUUAGAACUCUCUAAAACAACAUCAACAACCGCACCUGCUAC